AUGGAAAGUUGUAAGGUUGGUAUGCUGUACCCUAAACCUAAUGCCAAUAAAACACUGGAUGAGUAUUUCAACGUGAAUAAUUUCUCUGAAGCCUGGAUACUAUUAUUUGAUAGUAAAACGAGUAAUGAAGAUGAUGCAUCUCUUACCAUAACUGAAGAUCCCCAGCCAAACUUUGUACAUCAACGAAUGUUUGGAGCACAUCCAAAGCUGAUAAAGAGCUGGGAAGGUGUGAUCGAGCAGAAGUAUUCUUUGUUAUUGAAGCGAAAUUGUAAAAUUGCAUCCUGCAAUGAAGCAGCAGUUAAAAAAUUACAGAGUCCUCCAACAAACUGGACGAUAGAAUAUGAUGACGAGUUAGCUAAAUUUUUAUGUGAACAUACUCAUCAGAGUAAUGAGAACCUUGGCAGUGUGAGCCAGUAUGUUGAAUCUGUUGAUGUCUCAUCUCAGUGUGAAGAUGACAGUGCAGCCUGCUUGACAGACGGUAAUUCUAACACGUACUGGGAAAGUGAUGGUAGUCAAGGGCAACACUGGAUACGAUUAAAAAUGAAGAGAGGAACGAUAAUCAAAAAAUUACUCGUCACUGUAGAUGCAGAGGAUGAUAACUAUAUGCCGAGCCAUAUCAUAGUGAUGGGAGGCGAGGAUGAACUCAGGAAACUAAACGACAUGAGACUCAAUAUGUCUACAGGUGGUGAUAUAUGUAUAUUGGAAGACAUGACAGAACACUAUCCAAUAAUAGAAAUAAGAAUUAAAGAAUGUAAAGAUGAAGGUGUAGAUACAAGAAUCCAUGGUAUAAAAAUUAAAUCAACUAAAGAGCGAGACUUGGGAUUAAGUAGAGAUUUAUUUGCAUCAGAUAAUUUAGUAAGAUACCCCAAGUUAGAAUUAAUUGAUGUAGAGGUUCUUUAUAGGCGAUCACUAGCACUACAAAGGUUUAUACGACUACUAGACAGUGUGAUAGAAUACAUAGUCCCAGCAUGGGAAUUCUCAGUGGGUUCAUUUAGUUCAUUAGAAGUAGUACGACAACUCUUACCGUUGUCUAAGAAAAGGCUAGCACUCAUUGAUACCUUUCUAAGGGAGUCAGAAACCUGUAGCCCGUUCACUUUACACAAAGUCUGCAUAGACAGACGCCUGGCAGAUUAUAAUCUAGAUAGUAUUACAUUGUUGGCAUCAUCUCAUUUCUUAUCUUCUGUUUGAUUGUAGAUUUACGAAGGAUUAAAGCCGAGUGAUAGAUAUGAAAAAGCUCUAGAUUUUAGGUGGCCACAGCGUUAUGACCAGUGGUGGGAAUGUAAAUUUUUAUCAGAAGGAAUUAUAGAUCAAGGUGGCGGGUUUCGGGAUAGUUUGUCAGACAUGUCAGAUGAGUUGUGUCCAACUGUUGCUGAUAUACCAAUACCUUUGCCAUUCUUCAUUAGAUCACCCAAUCAGUCACAAGAUAAUUCAAACAUUAACAGAGAUGUAUAUAUACCAAAUCCUGCCUGCAAACAGUUUGUUAAAUACGAAUGGAUUGGACAGUUGAUGGGCGGAUGCCUUCGUAGUAAAGAACAUUUGGUGCUGGCAUUGCCUUCUUUUGUUUGGAAGCAGUUGGCAGGUGAGAGAGUAACAUGGGCAAGGGAUUUCAUUACUGUGGACGCAUCAGAGGUGAAAUUAAUUGAAACUAUAGAAACUAUGGAGAAAGAGACAUUUGACAACAGCUUUGCUGGAGAACUAACAUAUACUACAGUACUUAGUGAUCACAGUGGUGUAUCAUUAAUAGAUAAUGGUAGCAAUGUAAAUGUGCAAUAUGAAGACAGGUUAGACUAUUGUAGAAAGGUGCAGGAACUAAGAAUGAAAGAAUGUAAAGAACAGAUUGACGGGAUUAGAAGAGGCUUGUUAAAGGUUAUACCGCAAGCUGCGUUAGAUUUAUUGACGUGGCAGGAGUUAGAAAAGAGGAUAUGUGGAGAUCCUGAAAUCACAGUGGAAGCCCUCAAGAAAACAACUUAUUACGAAGAUCUUGAACAAACUGACACCAGAGUGAGAUUUCUUUGGGAAGCUAUGACAAAUUUCACCAAUGAGGAUAGGAGUCGCUUUCUUCGGUUUGUUACUGGAAGGAGGAGACUACCAGCUCCAUUGUAUAUAUGUCCUGAUAAAAGGCAAGUGUCUGAUUCAGUUGAUGCAUUACCAGAAUCUUCCACCUGUUCAAGCACUCUCUAUCUACCCAAUUAUUCCAGUGCCAGAGUUGCUGAGGAUAAACUGAGGUAUGCUGCUUACAACUGUGUUGCCAUAGAUACAGAUAUGAGCCCAUGGGAUGAAUAGUGAUGCAUUGUGGAUAUUAACUAAACCUAAGAUUUGGGUAAAUUAUAUCAUCCAAGGCUCAGUAUCCCUUCACGCAGAACUGUUAGCGUCGUGUAUGUAUGUAUGUAUGUGUGUGUGUGUGUGUGUUGAUCUUGCUUGAACUAACAACGGGUAGCAUGUAAUUUUUAAAAACGAUAACGAGAAAAUUGGCUGGUUCAUGAAACGAAUGCAUACACAUUCUGACAUGUAAUUCAUGUGUUUACAAAGAGACUACUAUAAUUGUAUUAUGUGAUAGUCAUGAAAAGGCAAGCUGCCACUACUGAGUAAAGUAAAAGUACACUAACAUCAUGACUUUGCCUGUAUGGGGGAUCAUACUGUGGACUGAUGUUACAUAAUUAUUAUAAAUAUUGCUGCAUUUAAUGAAUGCAAUUAUGCCAUGUUUUUGAAUUCUAAUUAAUCAGAGUACAUCUCAAAGGUGAUUGUAAUCUUUAUGGUGGAAUUAAUGAUACCAUAUAUGA